CAGAGCACGUUUUCCAUUUCAGUUGUAUCCACAUUCUAAAUCUUGGUUUUUGGUCCUUUGACAAGUCCCAUAAAAAAAAAAACUCCCAGAAUUUCACUUCCCAGUUCCCACGAAAUGGAACACAAGCACAAGCUCGUACUAAUCAUGGCAUUAACCACUUUCCCGAUCCUUGCAAUUCUAAUCUUAGUGAUUAUCUUCUUAUGUCUGAAAAAUCCGGCAAAAGAUCAGACACCAGAAACAGAAGCUGCAAGUGAAGAAGAAGAAGACUUGAUCAAGUUCCAGGGUGGUGAAGGCCUCACAGUAAAUGACAUAUUGGAGGCACCUGGUGAAGUUGUGGCAAAAUCCAGAUAUGGCACGCUGUACAGAGCCACCCCGUUGAGGACUAAUUCAGCUGCUCUGCUUCGGUUUCUGAGGCCGGCCUGUGCCGGGAAGAUGAAGGAAUUGAUGCCUCUGAUUCUACUGCUGGGAUCAGUGAGGCAUCCCAAUUUGGUGCCACUGUUUGCAUUUUAUGCAGGGCCAAGGGGUGAGAAGCUGAUGGUUCAUCCGUUCUAUAGCCAUGCUACUUUGGCACAGUUCUUGAGAGAAGGAAAUGGUAAUUCCCAGAAAUGGUCCAUCAUGCACAAGAUCUCGAUUGGAAUUGCCAGAGGAUUGGCUCAUCUUCACUCUGGAUUGCAGCACCCUAUAAUCCAUGGAAAUCUCAAGUCAAACAACAUACUUCUGGAUCGAAAUUAUGAUCCAUAUGUGUCCGAUUUUGGCCUGCAUCUCCUCUUAAAUGCCACUGCAGGCCAAGAUAUGCUUCAAGUUUCUGCAACUCAGGGAUACAAAGCCCCUGAAUUGAUUAAAAUGAAGGAUGCCAGUGAAGAAACUGACGUUUACAGCCUUGGGGUGAUAUUACUAGAAAUGCUUUCUGGUAAGGAGCCAAUCAAUGAGAAAAUCCCUGAUCAUAAUUCUUACUUGCCAAACAGCACCAUGAGAAACUGGAGACUUAAGCAUGGAAUUAUGGAUGAUCUGUACCAUCCAGACAAUUUUCUCGAAGAGAAAAUCCUCAAAUCCUUUCAGCUUGCAAUGGCUUGCUGUUCUCCUUCACCUUCUCAUAGGCCCCAUACAAAGCAAGUCCUUAGAAAGCUUGAAGAAAUUGGAGAUUGAGAAGAUGGAUCUUUGGAUAAACUAGAUGGUUUUGGCACGGCCAUUUGGCUGCAAAUCUAAAUUUCGUGUCCUCAAUGGUAAGCAAAAUAAUGAUGCAGAAGAAGACAACAACUUUUGCAAGCCAAAAAGGUUGAAGACAUCACCCACUAGAUUCUGAUUGUGGAUCUUUUGACAUGGACACUAAGCAAAACUUGUAUGUAAGUGGUGGGCCCUUCGAUUUAGAUGGGAUAGAAUAUUUCAGAACACCUUCUAGAUAAUUUGAUCCAUUCAAUUUCAAGCAUAUUUCCUGGCUAUCAGCACGGCACAAACUUCAGUACCAACAAUAUUUAAUAUAUCUAUGAUACUUGCUACCUCAUAGUCAUAGUAUCAAUGUGG